AAUAUUAAGUCAAUAACAAUUUGUGUUAGCUGAAUUUAAAUAAUGUCUCUUCCAAUAACAGAAGUCCUACAUUUGAGGAGAGUGUGGACGCUCUGCUGUUGUCCCUGGACUCUGUGUCUGCUCUAAACAAGGCACUAUUGAUGACACACAGCCUGACUGAGAACAUGGCUGCAAAGAUCCUCUCCAUGUGUCACACAUGUCCCAGUCUCCAUAACAUCGGUUUUCAGGUGGAGUACAGUGAGAGAUACAGUGAGCUCAAUGUGUGUUCAUCUAUCAGCCUCACCAGAGUCACAGACUCUAUCUCGACAGUUGACAUCCAGUUGGCCUGUGAUGAUAGCAUGAUUGAAAUAUCUCCAUCAUUCAUUUCAUUCACAUCACCAUGUUCAGACAUCCCUAAAGUGGAUGGACGGGAACUCUUUGAAACUCUUGACAUCCUUAAAGGUUUACAAGAAGGGUGUGAAGAGCAUGAAGAGCUUGUGGGAGAUUUGAUGUCCACCUUGCUCUCCGUUCCGGGUCUGCAGAAGGUCAGACUCAAGAUCAGCAGUCUAACGGAGAACUGGGUGAAGAGGAUUCGGUCCUUAACUGAAAGCUGUCCCAGUCUUCAGGAGAUCAGAUAUGAAUGCACAGAAAGUGGAGGCUUGUUAUUAGAGGAGGUCGAGAGGAUUCUUCAGAGCUCUCAGAUGGAUUCAGAUUGUAGGAUAAUUAUUACAGGGAUGAAGCACAGUAAAGCCAUGGAUGGGCGGACUGAAAUUAUGAUGGACACAUCCAGAUCAUCAUCAGCCUGUGAUGAGAAAGUGAAGGUCACUUUCUGCAGGAACUCUCUCACAAGACUAUUUACAAUAGAUGACAUUGAGACAGAAGAUACCAAUGAGGAUGAGCCUGAAAUGUAUAAAUCAUAGAGAAAAAUGAAAAAAUAUAGUCUCUAAUCUAAAUUUCCAAAGCACAACAUCGCUAACAAUGUUCAGAUCAAACAUAAUGCACCCGGUAAUAAUGUACCUUUUUGAUGCUGAUAAUAUAGGAUUUUUUUGAAAACAUAUGAUGAGAUAUUUCUUUAUAACUCUAAAUUGUCUAUAUAACAUACACACAAGUGUCAUUUUUGCAAUUUUGCAGUCACCCAAACACACAGAAUGACAAAACAAAGACCUCUGGUAUAUAAUCAA